CUCACGGUUGAGUUUUCUGUUUGCUAUGGAUUCUGUUGGAGCCGUUCCUCCCGGUGGCUUUGAAGCAGACUUUAUGGAUCCUCUACAGAAAGACUACGAGUGUCCAGUCUGUCUGCUAGCGCUGAGAAAUCCUCUUCAAACCUCCUGCGGUCAUCUCAUCUGCACAAGCUGUGCGGACUCUAUUACACAAGAAGGGCAACUGAAGUGUCCGUUGGAUAAGCAAAUGUCAGAAAGGAAAAAUCUUUUCCCUGAUACUUUCAAUGGACGUAAGAUUCUCAGUCUCAAGGUGAAGUGCCCUCAUCAUGCACUAGGUUGCCAUUGGACAGGAGAAUUACGUCACUUGCAGAGACAUGCGGAUCAAUCAGGUGAUUGCAAGUUCUUGACUGUUGAAUGUCUAUUCAGUGUUGUGGGAUGUCAAAAAAAGUUGACGGCUGAUCAGUGCAAUAUCCAUGAAGAACAAGAUGUCAAACAGCACAUUAGACUGUUACUGAAGAGCCAUCAAACCAUACAACAACAAAAUAUCCGUCUGGAGAGUCGGGUCACUGAAAUGAAUACGACAAUACAGACCCUAGAAACUGAGAAUGCGGAUUUGAAAAGGAGGAUUCAGUCUGGUGCUAUACCUGCAGCUGUACGAGGCCGAGGAAAAGAAUUUAAGGUAUAUUGGGUGAUUGACAACUGGCAAGAGACUAUGGAAACAGCACAGCAUGACAACAAAUAUUAUCUAUUAAGCAGACCGUACUACAUUGAAGAUCCUGGCUAUAAAGUGCGUAUGCAAGUAUUUCCUAAUGGACAUCAAAACGGUCAGGGAACUCAUGUCAGUCUGUUUUUGAAACUUAUGAAAGGUCGCUAUGACGAUGAACUGGUGUGGCCAUUUUCUCUAAUGUUUUCUCUAGCGAUUGUUGACCAAAUGCCUGGAGGUUAUGACAAGUUAGAUACUCUAGAUCCACCGAUGGAACCUGAAGGAUCUACUGAUGCAUUCAAGAAGCCGACGACAGAAACGAAUCGUGGAUGGGGUGGGCAGAAGUUUAUUUCACAUGCUGAUCUUCGUACCAGGCACUACAUUCGUGAUAAUUCCGUCAAAAUAAUGCUACAAGUAUAUCUCAGCUAAACACUGACUGCAUCGUAUGCUAGCUUACUAGCAACAUUUUUAGUGUCAGUC